GUCACUGCCAGGCGCCGGGCGAUACCUUGGGUCUGUUUUCGGCGGGCUUACCAGGGACAAAAAUGUCUAUGGCUAGCGAUUUCUACCUGCGCUACUACGUAGGGCACAAGGGCAAGUUUGGGCACAAGUUUCUGGAGUUCGAAUUUCGGCCGGAUGGAAAGCUUAGAUAUGCCAACAGCAAUUACAAAAAUGACGUAAUGAUCAGAAAAGAGGCUUAUGUACACAAGAGUGUAAUGGAAGAACUGAAGAGAAUUAUUGAUGUCAGUGAAAUUACAAAAGAAGAUGAUGCUUUGUGGCCUCCCCCUGACAGGGUUGGCCGUCAGGAGCUUGAAAUUGUCAUUGGAGAUAAGCACAUAUCUUUUACCACAUGAAAAAUAGGUUCUCUUAUUGAUGUGAACCAGUCGAAGGAUCCUGAAGGCCUUCGAGUAUUUUACUAUUUGGUACAAGACUUGAAAUGUUUAGUUUUCAGUCUCAUUGGAUUACACUUCAAGAUUAAACCAAUUUAAAUUCCAUGUUUUUCAAGCUGUUUGUAUAUUUAAUUAAGGGAUGAAGGGUUUAUUUGUCAUUUACAAUACUGGGGUUUUUAUGAAUGUGAAGCAAAAAAAAAAUUUUGUAUGUAAACUGAAAAUAAGAAAAUACAUUAACAGGCUUAAUGGUCAUCCUAACUUGAGUCCACGUGGUUUGGACAGUCCCCACACACAUUAAGUUCUGUAAAUAAAAGCCACCUUUUGUUAAAAAUUUGCUCUAAUAAAACAUGCCAAAUCCUGAAAAAAAAAAAA